GCCGUAACCGCCGCUCUCUCAGUAGAAGAGGCAUGUCUGGGGAGGCUAACCAACAUGAUGCUGACCAGGCAGAGAACAGUGUCUCCAGAUCAGAACACCUCAAACACCAGCAGAGAAUUGCAGGGAAGAAACCUCACCGCUGCUCUGACUGUGGAAAGAGUUUCACCUCUUCAGCAAAACUUGAAACACACCAGAGAAUUCAUACUGGGGAGAGAACUUAUAGCUCUUCAGACUGCAGGAUAAGUAAUUUGCAACUAGGAAACCUAACAAAACACCAGCUGACCCACACAGGAGAGAAACCUUUUAGCUGUGAUCAAUGUGGGAGGAGAUUUACUAAGUCGGGAUCCCUGACAAUUCACCAACAAAUACACACAGGAGCAAAACCAUUUCACUGCACAGACUGUGGGAAGAGUUUUGUUCAAUUAGGCAACCUGAAAAUUCAUCAGCAGACACACACACAAGAGAAGCCUUACCACUGCUUUGUCUGUGAGAAGAGCUUUUCAUCGUCACAGGGUAAUAAGGUGCACCAGAGAACACACACCGGAGAGAAGCCUUACCACUGCUCUGACUGUGGGAAGAGUUUUGCUGAUUCAAGAAAUCUGAUACGGCACCAGCGCAUACACACAGGAGAGAAACCUUACAGCUGUGAUCAAUGUGGGACGAGAUUUACUAGCUUGAACUCCCUGAUACAACACCGUAGAACACACACUGGAGAGAAGCCUUACCACUGUUCGGACUGCGGGAAGAGUUUUACUCAGGCAAGCAACCUGAGAACACACCAGCGCAGACACCUGGGCCAGAAGCUUCAUCACUGUUCAGAUUGUGGAAGUAACUUUUCAACAUCAAGGGAUUUAGAGCUGCACCAGCGAACACACACAGGUGAGAAACCUUACUACUGUUUCAGCUGUAGUAAGAGUUUUGCUAGAUCAGACGGACUGAUCGUGCACCAGCGAACACACACAGGCGAGAAGCCUUUUAGCUGUGAUCAGUGUGGGAAGAGAUUCGCUCAGUCAGCACACUUGACUGUACACAUGAGAAUACACUCUGGAGAGAAACCAUACCGCUGCUCAGACUGUGGAAUAGGCUUUAUAAAUUCAAGUCACCUGAAGGUACAUCAGAGAGUACACACAGGAGAGAAGCCUUAUAACUGUGAUGUAUGUGGCAAAAGUUGUGUUACAUCAGGAAGUCUGGCUUCACACCUUCGAACCCACACGGGAGAGAGGCCUUACCAUUGUACUGACUGUGGGAGAAGCUUUGGCAAGUCAGACCAUUUAAAAGUACACCAGAGAACACACACAGGAGAGAAGCCUUACCAUUGUGCCGACUGUGGGAAAAGCUUUACUGAGUCAGGCAGGUUAAAAUCACACCAGAGAACACACACGGGAGAGAAACCUUACCACUGCUCUGACUGCGGAAUGAGCUUAGCCUCUUCAGGUGGACUAAAAAUACACCGGAGAACACACACAGGAGAGAAACCAUUCCACUGCUCUGACUGUGGGAAAAGAUUCAAUCAGUCUGGGCAGUUGAUUUUACACCAGCGAAUACACACUGGCGAAAAGCCUUACCACUGCUCAGACUGUGGGCUGCGUUGUACUUCUUCAGGGGAUUUAAAAGUGCACCUCCGAACACACACUGGAGAGAAGCCUUUUGGCUGUGAUCAGUGUGGGAAGAGGUUCGCUCAGUCAGGAAGCCUGGCUGGACACAAGAGAACACACACUGGAGAGAAGCCUUUUGACUGUGAUCAGUGUGGGAAGAGGUUCAGUCAGUCAGGAACCCUGUCUGCCCACAAGAGAAAACACCACACUGGUGGGUAACCUUUCCAGUUAAUGGUAGACUAUCGGAGAGAAGCCGUGCAGGGUGAGCUUUCUUAAUGUGGCCAUGAUUGGUGGAACAAGGGAACUUUAACUGUCCAUUUUAAUUCCAUGUUUCUAUUCAUUACAAUAUGAGUGAAAUAGUCUGUGUUUGAAUGGUGUGGGCGUACCCCAAAAACAGAAUGGUGUGGGCGUAUACCGGUCAUUAAAAUGAUCCAUGACAAGUUAACAGUGGAUUGGUCAGCUCAGAGAAAGCAGGGAGGUAGCUCCUCCCCCUCUCUCUGCAAGUUUCAGGCAAGUCUGUCCUUAGGGAUAAGGCAGGGGUCCGUUUUAAAAUGUUCAACCCUGUCUACCAUCCAACUCACCAUGAUCAACCCUGUCUACCAUCCAACUCACCAUGAUCAACCCUGUCUACCAUCCAACUCACCAUGAUCAACCCUGUCUACCAUCCAACUCACCAUGAUCAACCCUGUCUACCAUCCAACUCACCAUGAUCAAGCCUGUCUCCCAUCCAACUCACCAUCACCAUGAUCAACCCUGUCUACCAUCUAACUCACCAUCACCAUGAUCAACCCUGUCUACCAUCCAACUCACCAUGAUCAAGCCUGUCUACCAUCCAACUC